GUGCUCACAGCGGUGAAUUCAAAGCUCAUUGAGGGCUGGACGCGGAAGAGCGGGAGCGCGCUGUCUGCGGGAUGGAGGUGGCGGAAGACGGGGUGCGGGGCCCCGCGCUAGAGGCCCUGGGCAAGCUGGCACACGUCCUGGAGCCUACAGGCCUGCAAGAGGAGGCGGAGCUGCCGGCCCAGCUCCUGGCGGAGUUUGUGAUGGACUCCCGGAAGAAAGACAAGCUGCUGUGCAGCCAGCUGCAGGUGGUAGACUUCCUGCAGAACUUCCUGGCUCGGGAGGACACUGCCCAGGGACCAGAGCCCUUGGCUUCUGAAGACGCCAGCCGGCAGAAGGCAGUUGCUGCCAAGGAGCAGUGGAAAGAGCUGAAGGCCACCUACCAAGAGCAUGUGGAGGCCAUCACCAGGGCCCUGAGCCUGGCCUUGCCCAGGAUGGAGGAGGCCCAGAGGAAGCGGGCGCAGCUCCAGGAAGCCCUUGAACAGCUCCAGGCCAAGAAGCAAGUGGCCAUGGAGAAGCUGAGAACAGCCCAGGAGCAGUGGCGGCUGCACCAGGAGAAGCGUCUGCAGCAGCUGGCGGAAGCUUCUGCGGAGGUGAGGCUGCGGCAGACGGGGGCCCAGCAGGAGCUCCGGCGUCUCCAUCAGGAGCUUGGAGCCCUACGGCAGCAGGCGGGGCAGGAACGGGACAGGCUACAGAGGCACCAGACCUUCCUCCAGCUGCUGCACACCCUGCAGGGUCAGCUGCCGUUUCCCGAGGCAGAGACGGAGCCCCCACGGAAGCUGGACCCUGCCGAGGAUGAGCCCCAGCAGCGGAACACCGGGGAUGCCGUGGGGAGAGACGGGGCUGGGCCACCCGAGGCUGACGGCCCACCGCCUGCUGUGGACGUAGGCUCGCCGUGGCUCCCUGAGGGGCAGCGCCACGGGAAAGGAAGCUAGAGCUGCACGGCGUCCCCGGACUGCAGAGACAGAGCAUGAACGGGGGAGAGACAGAGAGAGAGGGGGAGACUCAGAAUCCGAAGCGGGCUCCAGGCUCUGAGCUGUCAGCACAGAGCCCGACGCGGGGCUCGAACCCACGGACCGUGAGAUCAUGACCUGAGCUGAAGUCAGACGCUUAAAUGACUGAGCCACCCAGGCACCCUGGUAUUUUGUAUAUUAUUUUACUUCCUUGGUCAGACAUCAAGGUUAACAAAGUUAGAUCCCUUCUUUACUACUACUUAAUAGUUUCCUCUAAAACUACCAUAAUCUGAUAUACACAGAUGAUUUUGUAAGCAGAUAUUGGAGUGCUGAGGUUGUUGAUAAUGCAUGAAGCUCUAACACUUCCCAAUCUCCCUUACGUUGAAAGUACAAUUAUAUCUUCAUUUUUACGUGAAGAAACUGAGAGUUAGAGAUGUUGAAAUAUUGUGUUAUACAGCAAGGGAGAACUAAAAUCUGAAUUUGAACUCAUGUGCACUUGACUCUAAAAGAUUUUUUAUUAACUAUGUUAUGAAGUUUUAAUCACCAUACUUAAAGUGGUAGCUCUUAGUUGAUGUAUUUCCAAUCAUUUUUAAACUAAUUUUUUUCUUUUAUGGAAUACUCAGAAAUACUGUUUUAGAUCAUCAUAAUUUAAGUAAUACAUGUGCCUCUCAGAUUAUCUUGUACUGAAUUUCUUUAAAGCAUGCUGUAUUUUUAAGGAUGUAUGUACAGUACUGUAUUCCUCAGCCCUUCUUUUUCACAAAUGGCCCAACUGACGAUUUUCAGUCUGUAAUGUGUUUAGAGUAACAACAUUUUACUUACUUAAAGAUUAUGCCAUCAUAACUUAAAACUUGUAGGUCAUGGUUCAAAAAUAAAUAAUUGAAAAGAGAAGAGAAACAGCCAGAGUAAUUCUUUUGGUUUUAAUAGAUGUAGAAUUUAUGAUUCAAGGCUUAAUUUGAAGCUUAAUACUAUGUAAGUGUUUGGCAUUUCCCUGAAACACAAAACCUAAGCAAGAUUAAUAUUUCAAGGAGGAGGCACAGCAAGAGAUUAAGCCCACUCGUCCCACCCACAACUCAGUGUCACCUUGUUUUUCUUGGGUUGGUAAGUGUAGAGUGAUUCAGAAUAUACCUUACCCCAUUGGAUCGGCUAACUACUUAUCAAAGUGUUAACAAAAUGUAAGGUUAACAAUGUUACCAGGAUCUUUUCCCUUAAGAACACCAAGAAUCUAUUAUAAUGGAUUUUUCAUUGAAAAAGUUAAAUUGUUGUAGUGGCCAUUAAAGAUUUUGCUUUCCAUUAUAUAGAAAAUUCACAGCUACUGAUGAACUCAUUACCAGAUAACAGAAGCCUAUCAAUAUAUAAACUAUAUUACAGUCACUUAUAGCAAUCUCUAUCUUUUUUUUUUUAAUUCACUGACUAUAUCUGGGCGCCCGGGUGGCUCAGUCGUUGAGCGUCCAACUUUGGCUCAGGUCGUGAUCUCACGGCUCGUGAGAUCUUCAAGCCCCGUGUCCGGCUCUGUGCUGAUGGCUCGGUGCCUGGAGCCCGCUUCGGAUUCUGUGUCUCCCUCCCUCUGUCCCUUUCCCACUCAUGCUCUCUCUCUGUCUCUCAAAAAUGAAUAAAUGUUAAAAAAAAAAAAUGGAAAAAAUUCACUGACUAUAAUUCAGGACCAAUGAAAAAUUAUGAAUUAUGGGUUGGAGAGGCCAUCUGAAACUAAAGUUAUAUGUACACGCAUGUACAUACACAUAUACAAACAUACACACAAUAAAUCCAUAAUAAACACUGUGAAGCAAUACAUAAACAUACACGUAAAAUAAAUCCAUAAUAAAUAUUGUGACUCAAUUGUACAACUAAAACUGAACGGCUUCUCUCCUUUCUAAUAGUGUAUUAUUGAUGUCUAUAAAAACUACAAGAAAUCUGGCUUCCAGAUGCAUGUUUCCUGGUGUUCAAUGUAAGAACUCCCGUCAAAGCUGGUUACUGCAAAUGAGCGUAGGAAGCAGAUGACGGCAGUAAGUUAACUCGGUACGGAAAUCCUCAGCACAGCAAGCUCUUCUAACGGUUCAGAUCCUAUCAGACUCUGUCACCCGCUGGGCCUCGACACACGACAGAGACACGUCUUUCCAGGAGUUUCAUUUUCACUGAGUUCAGGCUAAAUGCCAUGCAGACAUCCAGUAUU